AUUUGAAUCGUCAACGCGUACAGGACUAAGAUGUCAGGUGCCGUAAAAGAUGAUCCCAGAGCAUCGGGUGGUCGUCAGAGGUCUGAAAUGAUCCACGUCACAGUCAAAAGUGUAACUGAGAGCAAAGACUUCACCGUUAGAGGAAGCUGCACCGUCAGACAGCUGAAAUGGGGUCUAGCAGAGCGCUGGGGAGUCCCGGCAGAGCAGCUGGUGCUGAUCUACUCUGGCCGGGUGCUCAGAGAGUCAGAACUCCUGAGUCACCUUAAAGCACAAGAUGAGUCAGUGAGCCUCUGCAUGAUCCAAAGGCCUCAGCAUCAGUCUGCUGCACCCACCUCGAAUCCAGCUUCACAAAGGGUGCAGUCGGAGCUCACAGACGUUCCUGGUCCUGAUCCUGACCCUGAUCGCUUCACACCGUCUCCAACCUCUCCCUUUUGUCUGGCGGAAGGUCUGGAGAGUUUUGGCCUGACAAACAGCGGGCCUGGCUUCUUCCCUGCACUCCAGCACCAGAUGGAGAGCCAGCUGCUGGCUGACCCGGAGAUGAUGCGUCGUGUCCUGGGCAGCCCUUUAGUGCAGAGCACCCUCUCCACCUCCAGCCCUCAACUGACCAGACAGCUCAUUCGGUCGAAUCCCCAAAUUCUGCAACUCCUGCACACAAACCCAGAGGUGGGAGAUGUGCUUAACAAAUCAGAUGUCAUCACACAGGUGCUGGAGCUCAUCAGGAACCCUGACAUGACAGAGGCAGUGAUGCAUGAGGAAGACAGAGCGUUAGGCAAUUUGCAGCCAGAGCAGGAAAACUCUGAAAGCAUCAGCAGUGAUUCCGAUGAACUUCAGAAGACUGACACAAAACGUCUGGAAAAGAUCCAAAAAGGAGCACCCCCAGUGGUGACGACAUCAUCUGGGAAUAAAAAGCCAACUGACAGAGAAAACAACGAGACUCCACCCGUCUCCAGUCACUCCACAGAUUCUGAGCUGACCGCUACGCCCAGAGCUGAUCCAAACCCUCAGAGCACUGUUAAUGCAGGCAUGCAGUCACUGCUAGAGGAGAUCACAGCCAGUCCAGGACUGAUGGAGAGCCUAAUGUCAGGGCCGUAUGUCAGCAGUCUCCUCAACUGCCUCGGCCAGAACCCUGACCUGGCUGCACAGAUGCUGCUGAGCCACCCUUUGUUCUCAGGAAAUCCUCAACUGCAGCAGCAGAUGAGACAACAGAUCCCUCUCUUCCUGCAACAGAUGCAGAGUCCAGAGCUGCUGUCAGCCAUGUUGAACCCCAGAGCCAUGGAGGCUCUGCUUCACGUCCAACAGGGCCUACAGACUCUGGCUGCAGAGGUUCCUUCACUGAUCCCUACAGACGGUGUUGAUGCUGCCCCUGAGCAAGCAUCUGACUCUGUCCUAAACAGCCAAUCAGGAAGUGGUCCUCGGGUUCCCACGGUGACAGAGCAGCAGCAGCAGUUUGUACAACAGAUGCUACAGGCGCUGGCUAACACCGAUCAUGGGGUGCAUGUUGAGCAGGCUGAGUUCCAGGACGAGCUGGAGCAUCUGAGCUCAAUGGGCUUCAGAGACAGAGAGGCAAACCUUCAGGUCCUCAUCAGCACUGGAGGAGACCUCAGCACUGCCAUAGAACAUCUGCUCGGUCUCUGACGCACACGCACACACACACACACACACACACACACACACACACACACACACACACACACACACACACACACACACACACACACACACACACA